UUGGGCUUUCAAGCGCUUUCCUCUUUCCGCCAGGGAAGAGUUCACAGGAAAAGCAGCCGUGUGCUUCUCCCAAGGGAAGAGAAAAAACGCGCUGAAGCUUCCACCAAAGAUUCCUGUGGAUGAGAUCCCUACGUUCCGUCAGCAGUACUGUCAUUUGAACAAAUCGAGAGUGAUCUUCACAGAAAAUCCUAAAGGCUUCAAAGAAUUCAUUUUAGGCAAAAUAAAUGAAAUAAGUUGUUCUGAUACAGUAAAAUGGAUCCUUGUUCAGUUGGAGUUCAGCUUCAAGCUACCAGCGAAUGCCAUAAGACCUAUUACACCCGUCACACUGGCUUCAAGAAUAAACAAGAUAUUUCUUCAUCUGACCUCCUGCUGCUUCAGCUUAGGACUGGAAUAACACUGUCAGAGAACAACACAAUCUGCUUCCACCAUGCAAAAAUUUACAUUGAAAGAUUUGAAGACUUACAAAAAUCCUGUUGUGAUCCCUUUAACAUACACAGAAAACUAUCAAAGAAAAACUUGCGAGCAAUUGACUUAGAUGAUGCAGCUUUUCUAAGUGCCAAGUUUGGAAGACAGUUUGUUCCUGGUUGGAAGCUUUGUCCCAAAUGUAUGCAGAUAAUAAAUGGAAGUGUGGAUGUGGAGCCUGAGGAGCGACAAAGAAGAAAACUUGAUCCAGAUGGGCGUACAGCUAAGGCUUUAAAGUCACUCCAGUUUGCUAACCCAGGACGACAGACUGAAUUCACUCCAGAGACCAGUAAAAGGGAAAAAAGAAGGCUGCAAACAAAAAUAUCAAUGUUUAAUUCAGACAGGCAGGUGAUACCAGCCAAGAGUAAAGUGUACGACAGCCAGGGCCUGCUGCUGUUGAGCGGGAUGGACCUGUGUGACUGCCUGGACGAAGAUUGCCUGGGCUGCUUCUACGCCUGCCCCAAGUGCGGCUCCAACAAGUGCGGCACGGAAUGUCGCUGCGACCGCAAGUGGCUCUACGAGCAGAUCGAGAUAGAGGGAGGAGAGAUCAUCAGAAACAAGCACGUUGGGUAGUGUGGGUGUGCAUUGUUUCAUCCUGACUCUGUGGUCCGUGCUUGGACUACACACAGCACGUUCAGCAUUUGGUAAUUUAAUGGAAGCUGUUGGAAUUUGCUACGAUCCACGUGAUGAAUGUGCUCACUUUCACAAUGGUUUUCAGUGUUAUUAGGGACAAAACCACAUUGCUGGUUUUUCACACUUGAGUCUGCCUUGUACUAGGGCUUCUUAGUCAUGUAGGUAAGAUCUCACUGAGCAACUGUAUUCAAGCACAGGGUGCUAAAUUCUAAUGUGAACUAUCCUGAGUCACUGUUCUUUCUUAUAUUGUUUUGUAGAAUGUACCAUCUCCAUGUAUCUCUCAUUUCUCCUUCUCAAAUUCAGGAUCCCAUAGGUUUUAAUCUGUUCUAUGUGAAAUGCCAUGAAAGUUCUAAUUGAAUUUAUAUGUAGUAUUAAUAAAGCUGUCUUUCUAGUAUUAAUAGUGAAUAUUAUAUCUUCUACAGGGUAUUGAAGCUACAUCUGAUAAAUCCAAUCCUGUUCACUUAUAAAGCUAUCAAAAGCAUUUAGGUGUUCAGAUCUCAUCCCAGUUACUGGGAUUUGAGAUCAAGUUGUCCUUAUGAAUUCAUAAGAAUAUUAAUUCAUAUUAAUUCAAACGAAUUAAUUUAAUAUUAAUUAAUAUUAAAAUACUGAAAUUAACCUGUCAGGGCUAAUUUCACAAGUAAUUGUGAUUACUUUGUUGGUUUCUGUUGUACAAAAUUAAAAUAAUUUUGCUCUGUUAUCAGUCUGUAAUUGGACUGAGCCAGUUUUUCAAUAGCCUUCUCCCUGUUUUGUUCUCUUUACUGGUUUUAAAGGUUUAUAUGCAGCUGAAAUGAACUUGAGUGUUUCCAAACCAAGGUUAUCUAGACUGUUAUCAAAAAAACCCAGAUGAAUGGAAAGUAUCUUUGGGUGAUACGUUAUCUGUCAUCAUAAUAUUAAACUUUCACACUCUAACAAGACUUAUUGAAAAUAUUUUUAUUAAUGAAGUCUUAGUAACAUUAUUUUUCUUCGCAUUUUUGUUGUAUUUUGUAUAAAUUUCCAAUUAUUUGAUGACUUGGAAGAUCUACAUGCUUGUUGGGUUGCAUUUUUUUAAUAGUACUGUUAACUUCUUGAAGACUUACUCAAUGAAAUUGUAUGAUCUUGCUAU